AAAAUGCAUCUUUCCCAAAUCUCCUUAACCAUUGCCUAUCUCAGCAAGUCACCAAUUAUGUCUCCCCGUCCACCAUUUUAUAAGCCACCACCCUCAGCUCAGUUUCACUCACUCACUCACUUCAUACCACACCACCUUUCCUCCUUUUCAGGUUUACCUUUUUCUUUUGGUUGGAUUUUGCUGAAUGGAGAGUGGAAGAAUGAUCCACUGGUUAAAUCUUGUAGCCUGUGUACUGCUACUGCUUAAGGCAGAAGGAUCUUUGGUUCCAUUGACUUUGGUCGAAAAUGCACUGUCGAAAGGAGCUGUUUGUUUGGAUGGAAGUCCCCCAGCUUACCACUUUGAUAAGGGAGCUGGAGAAGGGGUUAACAACUGGAUUGUCCACAUGGAGGGAGGAGGAUGGUGCAAAGAUGCCGACGAUUGCCUUGGCCGUAAGGACACUCGCUUAGGUUCAUCUAACCAAAUGGUUGAGGAUCUUUACUUUUCUGGAAUUUUAGGCAACGAGCGAGAGUAUAAUCCUGAUUUCUACAACUGGAAUAGAGUCAAGAUUAGGUACUGUGAUGGGUCAUCGUUCACUGGUGAUGUGGAAGAAGUUGAUCCAACAAACAAAUUGUACUUCAGAGGAGCAAGGAUUUUUUCAGCUGUAAUGGAUGAUUUAUUAGCAAAAGGAAUGGACAAGGCUGAAAAUGCUAUUCUCUCCGGCUGUUCAGCUGGAGGAUUGACUACCAUAUUACACUGUGACAAUUUUAAAUCUCUGUUACCUUCUGGAGCUAAUGUAAAAUGUGUUCCAGAUGCUGGUUUUUUUAUCAAUGUAGAGGACAUCUCAGGAACACGUUUCAUUGAAGACUAUUACAGUAAAGUUGUGUCGACACAUGGCUCGACAAAGAAUUUGCCCUCAUCUUGCACUUCAAAACUCAGCCCAGGACUGUGCUUUUUCCCAGAAUAUGUGCUAUCACAUAUCAGUACCCCAAUCUUCAUUGUAAAUUCAGCCUAUGACUCAUGGCAGAUUCGGAACAUCUUGGCACCUGGCGCUGCUGAUCCAAGUGACAGUUGGCAUAGCUGCAAGCUUGAUUUAAGCAAAUGCUCACAUGAUCAACUAAGUAUAGUGCAAGGCUUCAAGAAGGAAUUCGAGAAGGCAGUGAGUGUGGUUGGAGACUCUUCAUCUAGAGGAAUGUUUAUAGACUCUUGCUUUGAUCACUGUCAAACAGAAUCACAGGAAACAUGGUUUAAAAGUGACUCACCACAUCUUGCCAAUACAACAAUUGCAAAAGCAGUAGGGGACUGGUUUUAUGGUCGAGGUUCUUUCGAUCAAAUAGAUUGCAACUAUCCUUGCAACCCCACUUGUCAGAACCUUGUUUCUGAUCUAAAAGACCACCCUGGAAUAUAGAUUUCUUCCAUCAUUCCUAUACACAAUUAUUAGUUAAAUGGUUAUUGUAUGAGAGUUUAAGGUUUCCAAGUUUCAUAGUUUGCAAAAUAAGAAAAGGCCACCAUUACCCUGAGAUUGUGCACUGGGUGCCCUCAAUCUUUAAUGUUGUAAUUUCUGUAAUCUUAAUCAAAUGGCACAUUCUGUGCUUUUACUUGUGUCUA